GGCGGCCGGCGGGCGGACGGGCAGGCAGACGGCACGCCGGGGCGGCAGCGCGGCAGCGCCAGCCGGUCCAGACACACCGGCUCUGCGGGAGCUCUGCUCGCCAAAGGCGUUUGGCGCCAGAAGGGGCGACGGUCGCGACGGUCUCGGAGUAGCUGAGCGAGUGGGUGGCGCCGCCGACAGCCGCCGCGACACGACCGGGAUGGCACCCUGCUCGGCACUCCACGCCGGCGCCCUGCUCGGGCUCGCCGGGCACCUGCUGAUGCACCUGCUGCUGCUGCUGUCCAGCGGAGCCCGCGCCCAGGAGGUGUCGGCGAGGUCUUACACCAACUACACCGUGCUCAGGGUGACGCCCACGACAGACGAGCAGGUGCGAACCUUGCGCGGGCUGGAGGACCGCGGCGUGCAGUGGUGGACGCCGCCCCGGAGGAACUUCCCCUGCGACGCCAUGAUCUCCCCGGACAAGCGCAACGAGGUGGUCGGCGUCUUCACGUCACUGCAGCUGCAGCCCACCGUGCUGCACCAGGACUUGCAGGACUCCAUCGAGGCCGAGAACGAAGCAGACCGUCGGGUUAGGCGCAGCACGCCGAACACUCGGACGUGGACUCCCUUCCCCACGCUGCCCCGGCGGGCUGUACCUCGGUACCAGGCCCGCGUCGACAAGGAGCUGCAGCCACUCCUGACCUCCAGGUUUGCACCCGGAGACGCAUACAUCAACAACCAGCGGUAUCUGGAUUUUGAGGAGAUUACGACCUACAUUAAGGAGCUGGCGGCCAACCACCCGAACAAAGUGCGCCUGCACAACAUUGGGUUCACCCACCAGAAGCGGAACAUGACGGUGGUGCAGCUGUCGAACUGCUUCGAGUGCAAGUACAAGGCGGUGUGGGUGGACGCCGGCAUCCACGCCCGCGAGUGGAUCGCGCCCGCCACAGCCUUGUUCGCGCUCAGCCAGCUCGCCGAGAACGAGACGUCCACCGCCGAGAUGCGCGAGCACCAGGAUUGGUUCAUCCUGCCCGUGGCCAACCCGGACGGCUACGAGUUUACUCACAAGAAGGACCGCAUGUGGCGAAAGACACGGUCCAACACCUCCGUGCCUGGCUGCUACGGCGCGGACCCAAACAGAAACUUUGAUUUCCACUGGAAUGAGAUCGGUGCGAGCUCCAACCCGUGCAGCGAGACUUAUGCGGGCAGAAAGGCCUUUUCCGAGAUCGAGGCGCUCAACAUCCGAAACUUUUUGUACGCCAACAAGGAGAGGUUUAAGCUGUACAUCAGCUACCACGCCUACGGCAAUUUCCUCCUGUACCCGUGGGGCUACACGGCUGACAAUCCCGACGACUGGAAGCUGCUGAGAUCCGUGGCGGAGAAGGUGAACGCAGCCAUGGUUCAGGCCGGCAGUCAGGAGUACACCAUCGGCUCGUCCACGCAGGUUUUGUACCCGGCGGCGGGCGGCAGCGACGACUGGGCCAAGGGCGUGGCGGGCAUCCCCCUGUCGUACACCAUCGAGCUCCCGGGCUUCGACUUCGGCUUCCAGCUUCCGCCGAGCUACAUCGACCAGGUGGCGCGGCAGAGCUUUGAGGGGCUCCGCGUCUUCGCCGCGGAGGCCAAGAAGGUGACGCGCGGCCGGAGCAGAAGCCCGACAUCAAGGCCCUCGCAGAGGAGUUUUGGAUGAGCGCGCCAUCGACAGGGCUCGCAAGCUAACUCACAGUAUUGUCAUCGGCUCCGGGCGUUACUUGGACUAGAAAUUAUCUUUUGAUCAGAGUGAUAUAUUUUAUUUUUGUUACGAGAGUGAGAUGAGAAGGCGAGUACGGAGUGUGGCUAUUAUUGCUUGUUGGCAAAGUGAUAACCCUCCCUGGGCGAUAUUUUUGCUGUUGUGACAACAAAGCUGAUGUGUGAUUGGUCUUGGACCACUUUCCCUUAUUUUUCUUGUGAUGAACCGACUUCGAAAUGUCCGAUGUUGGACGAACUGAAUUAUGUUUUCGGCGGACUUGUGCGUCGUACUAGGUCGAAUAAUAAUGAGAAUAAAUACAUUCAACGUUGUAAUCACUGUACAUUGUCGAGGUCCGUAAGUAAUACCUUUUAAAUUAAAGACUGAAUGUCAUGUGUUCAAACCACACAAA